CUGUUAAUCUUCAGCGUAUUUCCGCGUUCACGACGGCCGAGCUGUUAUCAAUGAUGGGAGUGCAGAGUUGUACCUAAUGCAUCAUAGCGGUGUUCAUCUUCUUCUCCCCCGGCUGCAGCUGUUGUCUCCUGUGUCCUGAAUGAAUGAAGCGUUAACCAUCUGAGGUCCUCCUCCUCUUCCUCCGCCUCUCUUCUCCAUCGAGCCUGCCGUCGAGCUGGGGGGGAAUUCGGGUAAAGGGAGCCGCGGGGGCGCGCACCGGGCCACAGACCCCCCGCCGCGACGAGGAGGCAACAUGCUCGGCCGGGUCAAGUGCGCGGUGGCCGGGUUCAUGGGUGGCAUCAUGGCCGGGGGCAGCUCCGGGGGAGGGUGCAACCCUGGCUCCGAGCUGCCGAUGAAAUUUCCCUAUAUGAGACCCGAGUUCCUCGGACUGUCCCCUGAUGAGAUCGAGUGCUCCGCGGACCACACAACUCGGCCCAUCGUCAUCCUUAGGGAAACGAGGAGAUUACCGUGGGCCACCGGAUACGCUGAGGUGAUUAACGCAGGUAAGAGUGCACUGAAUGAGGACCAGGCCUGCUGCGAGCUGGUCAUAGCGAGAAGGAGGCCGAUGAGCUACUGCCCCCCGUCCACGCCCAGCAAGACCCCCACAGCCAAGAGACGCAACUCCCUGCCCAACGGAGAGGGCUUGGGGCUCCGCUUGGACCACAGCAAGCUAGGAGAGGACAGUGAAGGCCUGGUGUUCCACUACUGGGCGUUGUUCGAUGGUCACGCGGGCUGGGGGGCAGCGGUGGUCGCCUCCCGCCUGAUGCAGCACCACAUCGCUUGCCAGCUCCAGGCCGUCAUCGAGAUCCUUCGCAACCUCUCUUCCCUGCCCCCAACUGUCCUCGGUGAGGAGCCCGACACCAACCCCUACCUCCAGGGAAACCCCCCAGGCCCUCACCGGUCCCUGACUCGGGCCGCUUCACUGCGCGGGGCCUCAGGUGCUCCCGAUUCCCCCUGCAACACCCCUCCUCCACCACGCUUCUACACAGAGAAGAAGAUCCAGCAUGAGAGCCUGGUGAUAGGAGCCAUAGAGAACGCCUUCAAAGAGAUGGAUGCCCAGAUUGAGCGCGAGAAGCAGGUGUUCCACAUCACCGGAGGCUGCACGGCUCUCACUGUGGUUUACCUGCUGGGAAAACUAUACGUUGGGAAUGCAGGUGACAGCAGGGCGAUCAUUAUCAGGAGCAAUGAGAUCAUCCCCAUGUCCACAGAGUUCACACCAGAGUCAGAACGACAGCGACUCCAGUUCCUGGGCUUCAUGCAGCCUCACCUGUUAGGAAACGAGUUCACACACCUGGAAUUCCCCCGGAGAGUCCAGAGGAAGGAGGUGGGCAAGAGGAUGCUCUACAGAGACUUCACCAUGAACGGAUGGGCAUACAAGACCAUAGAGGAGGAAGAUCUCAAGUUCCCACUGAUUUAUGGGGAAGGGAAAAAGGCUCGAGUGCUGGCUACCAUCGGUGUGACCCGCGGGCUCGGGGACCAUGACCUCAAGGUUCAUGACUCCAACAUCUACAUCAAACCCUUCCUGUCCUGUUGUCCUGAGGUUAAGGUGUACGACCUGGCGCAGUGUGAACACGGGGCCGAUGAUGUUCUGGUGAUGGCAACCGACGGCCUCUGGGACGUCCUCUCCAACCAGGAAGUAGCCGAAUCCGUCACCACAUUCCUCGCCAACUAUGACCCCGAUGACCUCCACAGGUAUACAAUGGCAGCACAGGACCUGGUGAUGCGAGCGCGGGGGGUGCUGAGGGACCGAGGCUGGAGGAUCACCAACGAGCGCCUCGGCUCCGGAGACGACAUUUCGGCCUUCAUCAUCCCGCUGAUGUACGGCAACCAUCAGCCCUGAGGAGCCUCGCCGAGGGGCUCUUAAAGCAACAGGGUGAUUUUAACUGCCCUGUUGUUUCCUCAGUGCCGUUUGAACACUUAUUUUAUUCUUUGGAGGAAGGAUAUCCUAAAAUCAGGAUAUUUAUGUGUGUUGGUGUUUCAUAUCUCUGUAGAAGAUCAUUGGUCGGGCACACAACUUGGCUGCUCAGGUUCGCUCAAAAGUCUAAAAUACAAGUGCAUUUAGACACAUUCUAAUUGAUUUGAGUUGACAAAAGUAAUGCAGGAAACCUCGUGACUGACCUUCUGCAGAGAUGUGAAAGCCAAGUUUGACACAAGUCAUUUUAAGGUUAGUUUUGAAAAUGUGACAGUUACUAAAAACCAUGUCAGUUCAUGAAAUAUCCAUACAUCAACUCUUAAGAAAAUACUAACUUGCUGAGUGUAAGAUGAGAUCAGUGAUACUGUACCGGUAUCAGUGAUCUCAUCUAACUUGGCAAGAAAGCGAAUAAGUUACUUUCCAGAAUGUCAACCCAUUCCAUAACUCCGUAAACAUUUUAUACACUUUACACUAGGGAUGGGCAAUAUGACCAUUUAUCACAUUGCUUAGUAGAAUACUCGAUUCUGAUAGGUCAUUUCAGAGGUUCCACUUCACGUCGGCCUUCAUGAUCACCCGGUUGGGCAUUUUUAUUUUUUCAUUAAUUAUCCCUUACAUAAAGAUGUCUCAUGUAUAUAUAUUUGUAUACCUCGUUUCAAUAGGGUAGGCGUAUCUUUUUUUUCUUUAAUUCAAUUUAGAACUUAUUUUAAUUGUUGACUUAAUACUUUAUUUGUCAGUAUUUCAUUGGCAAAGCAGUCUAAGAAAAACAGGCUUUAUUAUUUUGUCAUUACGAAACAUGCAAUGUUGUGAUAUUUAUAUUAUUAUCGCAAUUUGGCCAUAUCGCCCAGCCCUACUGUACACUGACACAUUUGGAAUUGAUGGAAAUCAAGGUUGUUUUGUGACAUUGUUUUGUGUGAAAGUGACAUUAGAUAAGGACUUGUACAUCAGUAUGAUUGCACUUUAGGCUGACCCACAUCAUUAACCAAGCAGCCGUGAAAUAUUCCCUGCAACAGGGAGGAUUUAAUUCAUUCAUAAUUGAUAUCAAACACACAAGUUAUCUUUUGCUUUGACAUGUUGCAUGUUUAUAAAGCUUUAGAUGCUUGAUACAGAUCCCAUUAGUCUUCAGAGGGACAUGGGGGGGGGGGGGGGUGACGCAAGAUUGGAUGUAGGGAUUUACUGUGACAGUGCAUGCAGUGACAUAUUAUAGGCCUGGGAAUAUGAGCGACGGUGCAAUGGUUUACACUGAUGUUUGUUUUUAUACCGACUGAAUUUGUAUUUCUGUUAUGUUAGUGAUAAUGUUUUUGGUUUGUAAAUGUGCAAAGACCAUGCAUAUAUUUAAAGGAUGUUGUUUCUUUCAAGUUUUUGACGUCGGAGACAUGUAGCAUAAGAGCUUAGGGUAUAAGUCAAUGGGAAGGAAGGGAAUUAAAGGAAACUAAAAUGCAAAUAGCCUCUUGUUGAUUAGACUUGAGGAAAAAAAAAAGAGGACCAUGAAGAGUUCAGCUGUCUGGAAACAGUGCCACGUCCUCAAAAACUGAUGUGCAUGUGUAUGUUUUCCUUCCCUACAUUAUUAUUCUGCGUUCAUACGAGCUACACUCCUCUUCCAGCCUCUCUGGGUUGAGAUGUAGUUUAGGAGAAGUAGUCUGGGGGAAGAAGAAACUUCAGAGGAUCGAUAUAAAGUGGUCAUCAUUUCUGAAAAGUUUCAUUCCAGUCUGGGAACAAUCGACUGCAUAAUAUUAAAACAAACCGCAUGUUUUUAAGUCCUUGACAGACAAAAUCAUGAAUUUUAUGAUUUAUUUCCCCUCAAUAGAGGAUAUUUAGAGUUUUGGAGUAGCACUGGUUUACUUUAGUCUUGACAGUAAAGUGAGAAUAUGUCUUUUUUUCAUAAAACGGGGCAUACGAGCGAUUGACUGAAUCCAAAAAAGUUAAUUUGGAAGUUGAAAGAAUGAGGAAUUUAAUAUUUGGGAUAUUGGGCCCUAUUUAAACAAUCGAAAGCACAAGUGCAUUUAGAGCGUGUCAAACUCGUUGUGCCCGUUAAACAGCGCAUAAUCUCAGUGCAAAGUAUGAAGCAAGGAGCUAAUUGGGUGUUUUAGUUUCUUAUUCAAUCAAAAAGGUGUGUUUUGGCCUAAACAUGAAUAAGACCAAUCUCCUAUGCCCUUUAAAUAGAGGUGAAUAUUGUGCCAUUAACCUAAGACCAACUUGAUGUUCGUGCCAUCGCUUCAAAAUGGCAAUGCGUCUGACUGCACCUUAGGUGGCCAUUGGCAAACAGAUGGGCACAAGUACAUUUGCAACUUCGAUAAUUGGCCCUGUGCGUGAAAAGACAACUGGGUUGUACUCACAGUAGCACUUAGCUAUAUGCUAAUUUGCUGUAAGAUAGGGCCCUUACACUUCCUUGUUUUUUCCAAGAAUGUAAAAUGAAAUUCUACUUCACAUGAUAUGUGCCAAUGUGUAGCAUGGGCUUCUUAUCAUCUUAGCUUGGACUUUUUUAGUUGAUAGUUAUCGACAUUCCUCUAAGCAGCUGUCAUUUGUAUUUGCUUUUUAAGUGAUAUGGAGCAUUUUUCCUCCUGUACAUUCCAUGAAAGAAAUAUUUUAUUUUAAAAAAGCUGUUCGUAAUACAUCAUGAUUUUCUGUUGCAUCUGUAAUAACAUGAAGCGAUACAUAGUUUAAAAGAAAUCUUGACCUCUAAUUUAUUGAAUGUGUUUCUUCUUACUUUCGUUAAAUCUUUGAUGCUGCCACCUUAUUGUUUUAGCACGUGUCCCAGUUCAACAGAUGCGGUUUCAAACAACCAGAUUGAAUGUUUUGAACUGAAAACAUGUUACGAUAAUGUCUUAAUGUGGCAUCAAAAUAUGUGUUGAAUGUUUAUCCAUAUAGCGGUCAUUAAGCCUUUUUCUCUUAGAUGAAUGUCAAAUAAUUUUAUUUGUGUCAUCCUGCUGUGCCACCCAACUGCUGCACAUCAACUCAGGUUCAAUUAUCAUGCGUAGUAUAAGUGGAAAGGACGUACAGAGGGACAUUCUAAAGAUGGGGAGUCCACCAGGGCGUAUUAUUGGUGCCACUACAUUUGUGAAUCCAUUGAUGAGUUAGUCCUUAUUACUUUGUUCAGCCCUAUUGAAGGUUUCCUGCUUUGAAGUUGCUGUACCGUGUAAAAUAGUCACUGCUGUUGUUUCUUUCUUCAUUAGACUAUAAAAAGAUUUGUAAAAGGAAACUUUGCAGGGCUGGAAGGUUUAAUCUGUAGCAAAGACGAUGUUUGAAGGCCAGUAAGGGAUCAUUUUAAGUGAACGUUGUGCUACCCUCAACCUCGUUUGUGAAUGUGAAAUGUACAUUUUGUAACAAAAAGAUUACUUAUGAAGUCAAAAAGAAAUAUUUUUAAUGUUUCCUUUGGGCAAAAACAAUGUUUACCUUCAAUGUUUCUUUUCCAAAUAAGAAAUAAAUGUUAAAGAAAAAU